AUGAGCCUAGUGAUUCUUCUGCUCCUUGUCCCAGCUUCAAUCUCUGCUCAUGGACACGACUAUGAUCCAAAUUUCGCAUUAAAUAUGACCUCGAUUCAAGCCGCAGCCCGUGGUCUUCUCAAAAAAAUCGAUAAGCUGGACUCCAAAACAGUUAGCGAAGAGCAUCUUGAUAGAAUCUACACUGAUCCAUACACCAGAACAAAUUAUGAAUGUUCGGGAGCUCCAGCUGAAACUUUGAGUCUUGAGGAACUCCUCAAGAGCAUCGAAAUUGAUCCGAAUUUUGAUAGAAAAUCGAUAGAAUACUUGGAUUUUCAGAUUACUGGCCGGUAUAGCUUCACCUUCAGAAUUCGACGAGACACGGUGGAAAUUGAAUACAGGGUUGUAGCUGAGAGAAGAAUGAGGGAUACCAAGACGAAGCUAUUUAGAGCAUUUUUGUUAAAAUCCGAGACUUGGGAAUGUCGGGGAGAUCAUAAUUGA